ACCGGCCAACGCAGCAGGUGAGGCCGCUGCAACAGGACAACCCGCAGUGUGCCAUCUGCAUGGAGGCGGUGGAGGGACGCCCCAGCUACGACACCCUGAUCUGUCCCUCCUGCACCAGCGCGCAGUUCCACCGCCACUGCAUCCAGGGCCAAGCUCUGCGCGCUGCCCUGCACCACUUCCGCUGCCCGCUCUGCCAGGACAUGCAGACCUUCCAGGCAGAGAUGUUCCGCCUCGGCAUCAAAAUCCCAGACAGGGAUGCAGCCUGGGAGGUGGAAGAGGGAGCCUUCCAUGAGCUGUAUCAGCGGCACAGCUCAUGUGAUGCCAGCCCGUGUCUUUGCCCGAUAGGACAGAACUAUUCUGAGAACACAGGGCCCUGGAGGAUGCUGCUCUGCAGCUCCUGCGGUUCCUGUGGCACCCACCAGCACUGCUCCGCCAUCGCAGAGGACGUUGAAUCGUGGGAGUGCAGCGGCUGCAGCGGUGUGGGCACCGGUAAGAAAAGCAGCACGGCGACGCGGUCCCCAUAGACACGUGGCCAU